AUGACAGACGCAUCUCAAGCGGCCUCCUCGACGACAAGCUACCCGACAAACAUGACGAACCUCACAGAUUUACAGCUGCGACAAACCAUCACGCAGCUCUCCAACGCAGCCAACAACCCCACAAACCAGUUCCAGCACUACGUCUCUCCCGCACCCCAACAAUCAACAUCCAAAGUCCCACAACCGAUCGUCGCCGCGCCCACGUAUCAACCGCCCCCACAACCAGUCGCACCCACACCAGUCGCUCCUCAGCUCCCCCCUAACCCACCCCGUCACCCACUACCCGUAGUCUCCCAAGCUCUCCACUCCACAUAUGCCUCCCGCCUACGCACAGGAACGACUCUCCUCGUCCAACCCAUACUCACGCAGCCCUCUGGAGCAGCAGCCGGAAACACGCGAGCGUCCACCCGCCGCGGAGGCAUGAUCAACUACGCCGAACCAGGCUCAGGCGACGAGUUCCCAGACGCUGGUGCUCUCGAAUCUGACGACUCUGAUUUUGUGGCUAGUGGAGGCACGCGGACGACAUUGAGGACGCGGCGAAUGGGAACUGGCAUGUCGGUUUUUCACUCGGGCAGUGGGAUGUCCACCCCUCAGCCCCAAGCACAAGCGCGCUCUACACCAAUGCAUAACGACAGGGGAGAGUUGGAUCAGAGCUAUUUAGGCAUGAUUCCUCCAAGUCGAUUUAUUAAAGCAAAACCCGUCGCUCCGACUGCACAUGAAUAUCCUGCGGUGGAUAUGCUUCAGGCACAAGCACAGACGCGCGCGUCUCUGGUGCCUAUUCGGGUUGAAUUUGAAACAGAUACGCUCCGAAUACGAGACUGCUUCGUUUGGAACUUGAACGAGACGCUCAUCAAACCUGAAUCGUUUGCUAGAGUAUUCUGCGCAGACCUUGACCUGCCUGCCAUCCCAUGGGUGGAUACAGUUGCCAACCAAAUUCGUGCACAGAUCGAAGACCACGAAGGCGUUGCGUCGAUGGAUAUAGGUGUGGACCAUGCUAUGGAUUUGGAUCCGCAUGUUGAAGGUGGCGAGGAGGUUGCUGAAUGUCGUGUUAUUCUGAGCAUUGAUGUGCAGAUAGCGACGUAUCAUCUACUCGACCAUAUAGAGUGGGAUUUGCUUUCACCCCUGACGCCUGAAGCAUUUGCUUCGCAGCUCUGUACUGAGCUGGGGUUGUCGGGAGAGGCGCUGCCGCUCAUAGCCCAUGCGAUCCAUGAAGAGCUUAUAAAGCACAAGAAGGACGCUAUCGAAUGGGGCGUGAUUGGUGGGGACAAGGAAGCUGAGGGGAUGAAAGACAAGACGGGGCUGGGUAUGGGUUGGGGAAGGACGAAGGGACCAAAGGUGCUGCAAAGCGUAUGGAGAGAAUGGACGGAAGCAGAAGAAUUCAGAACAAGGUUCGAGGUCCUGACGGCAGAAGAAGUAGAGAGGCGAGAAGUGGAAAAGGAGAGAGCCAGCAGACGGUUGCGUCGCGAGACAUCGAAAUUCCAAACGACGAGAACGAGACGACGGUAA